UGGUGGUGGAGGUGACCGGGGGCCUCGUGGUGGAGGCCACUCGGAGCCGCGUGGUAGAAGUAGCUGGGGACCACGUGGUGGAGGCCACCCGGAGCAACGUCCCUCGAGUUACCCAGAUUCGCAGUCCUCGCAAACUCAGUCAGGACAGCAGCAACAACAACGUCCCGUUAGUACCCCGGAGCAGCAGCAACCUAAAAGUCAGUCGGUGGAGCAUGCCAAACGUGAUCCGAUGCAGCGGCCUAGGGAUCGCCUCAAAGUUGAGCGUCAUGAAAUUUGCACGCGUGGAGUUAUAACAUCGAAACAAGGAAAGUUAGGGAUGCCAACUACCUUGGAGGCAAAUUAUUUCAAACUAAGUGCUCAUCCUGACUGGACGCUGAACCAGUACAGGGUGGAUAUAGCCCCGGAAGUGGAACAUACCGGUGUUAAAAAGGGCCUUUUGCGCGUCCACAAAAAUGAAUUGGGCGCUUAUCUUUUCGAUGGUACCAUGCUGUACACGUACCAUAAUCUACCUCAGCCUCUUGAAUUCAAUUCCUUCCGAGAACCGGACAAACAAGCGGUCAAUAUUAAAAUCAGAUUAGUGUCUACGGUCGCUCAAGGGGACUACCAUUACCUCCAAGUGUUCAACGUCAUUGUGCGUAAGUGUCUUGAACACUUGAACUUGGCUCUGGUUGGAAGGAAUUAUUAUGAUACAGAAGAUGGGAUCACCAUACCUCGAUUCAGGCUUAAAAUUUGGCGAGGCUACGUGACGUCUAUCAGACAGCAUGAAUCUGGUAUAUUGCUGUGCUCCGAAAUUUCCCAUAAAGUGAUGCGCACGGAAACCAUACUAGAUGUGCUAAUGGAUUGUUAUCGUCGAAACAGCAGAAAUUAUCAGAAAAUGUUCUUUGAUGCUGUGGUUGGUAAUAUAGUUAUCACCCAUUACAACAAUAAAACGUACAGAAUCCAUGAUGUCGAUUUUAAAGUCAAUCCUCAGAGCACAUUUAAAAAACGCGACGGUACAGACAUUCAAUAUGCUGAAUAUUAUAAAGAGAGGUACAACAUCGAAGUAAAAGACCGUAAACAGCCUCUUCUGGUUUCAAGAUCUUCUGCAAGGGACAUAAGAGCUGGUCUUGCCGAGUUUGUCUACCUUAUACCGGAGUUCUGUUACUCCACUGGUAUAACUGACGAAAUGAGACAGAAUUUCAAUCUGAUGCGAGAGCUCAUUGCUCAGACGAGAAUUUCACCUGACGUUAGAGUUGAACGGUUGAUGAGCUUCCAUAAGCGGCUUAAUUCGAAACCUGCUAUCAAAGAUGAUUUGCAACGCUGGAAUUUGCAGCUAGACAACCAGCUCGUGAAAGUUCCUGCCCGAGUGCUUCCCAUUCAAAAAGUCAUUUUUGGCAACAGAAUCCAAGUUGACACACAAAAUGCCGAGUGGGAUCUUCACUACAAGCCUAAGCCAAUGGUAGCUUCGGCUGACCUAAAAGAAUGGAUUGUUUUCUGCACUCAGGAGCUAUGUACUCCAACACAGAAAUUCCUGCAAGAAGUCGUAAAUAUUGCUGCACAGAUGGGUUUCAGGAUGAUUAGACCAAGUAUCAAGCUCAUUCAAAACGAGAAUCCUGAUACUUACGCGAAUUCCAUUUCAUCGGUAAUAGCCAACUCCAAUCCACAAGCUAUUGUUUGCAUUGUAUCGAACAACAAUCAAGUGAGAUACAACGCAAUAAAAAAAAAGUUGUGCGUGGACAGAGCAAUCCCGAGUCAAGUGAUCUCAAGCAGAUCAUUGGAGCAUAAAAGCAGACGUGCUGUGGCAUGCAAAAUUGCCGUCCAAAUUAAUUGCAAGCUUGGCGGAACUCCAUGGAUAGUUGAUAUCAGUGAAACCUUGGUCAAAGGUCUGAUGGUGGUUGGAUUCGAUGUCUGCCACGAAAAAUCGAUUGGCUCCGAAGACUUCGGAGCCAUGGUGUCUUCUUUGGACAAAAAUUUUGGUCGCCAUUUCUCGGCCGUUACCAAACAGUUGCCUGGAGAAGAACUCUCCAAUUGCAUUGCUAACCAUUUGUCAACUGCCGUCAUGGAAUACAGACGGAACAACAACAAUGAGCUACCGAGUUGCAUUAUAAUAUAUCGCGAUGGAGUCGGCGACGGACAAAUUCCUUUCGUCCACGAGUAUGAAGUGAAACAAAUCCAGAAGAAGCUCGAGGAUGUCUACAAAGUGGCAAACAAAAAGCUUCGAUUGGCGUUCGUAAUUGUUACAAAGAGAAUCAACACGAGACUCUUUAACAAGCGCCAGAAUCCAGUACCUGGUACCGUUGUAGAUGAUGUCAUUACAGAUCCGCUGAAGUAUGACUUUUUUAUUGUGUCCCAAAGCGUAAAGCAAGGAACUGUUUCGCCGACGUCAUACAACGUUAUUGCUGAUAAUACAGGCUUAAGUCCGGAUCACAUGCAGUUGAUAACGUAUAGGCUAUGCCAUAUGUAUUAUAAUUUCAAUGGGACCGUUAGAGUUCCGUCUGUGUGCCAAUAUGCCCAUAAAUUGGCCAUGUUUAUGUCACAGACGCUUAGGCAACCAGCUAACCCAAACCUUCAAAAUCUUUUAUAUUUCCUUUAAAAGUACAAAAACGAAAAAUUUGAGAUAAAAAUUAAGGUAUAAGUAUUAACUUGUAAAAUCGUUGUUUCUACGAAUUUGAAUUGUUGGAAAGUAACAAUUUUACCAUUUAUGAUUUUCUACGAUUGUAGAAAGAAUCUAGAAUAUGACCUACAUAAUAAAUGAUAUAAAAUCAAAUCACGUUUUCUAUCAAAAUAUAAAAUAUCAGAUUCAUAAUUUCACGUUUCACUUACUAAUUUUAAAACGUGUUACAACUUUAUUCUUAAAUAAAAGUUUUUUUUAUAAAAUACCCAAGAUUUCUGUUAUGCACGACAUUAAUUUAUUCAAGUGAUAUUUUCCUUGAUUCGGUUGUGAAGAAAAUGAAGUGUAGGUAUACACGUGCUUCGAGAUAGUUUUAAAAUCCUAAUAAAUGAGUUUUCUUGCCAGCGGAAUUGCACAGUAAUAUUUUAGACGUCGUUUUCAAAAGAAUCUUUUUCUUGAUCUAAUAAUUUAAUCUUACCCUUAGGAGUAAAAACUUGAUUUACAAUAUAACUUUCAUUGUAAAUAAUCAAUACAUGUUUAUCUGAAAAUCAAAAUAAAAAAUUCAAAUUUAUAUUAAAGACUUAAACCCAUGCACUGAACCAAAAAAUGUUAAGUCUUACGGUUAACAAUAUGCAUUAAAUUUGAUGAUUUAUAAAUAUGUACCUGAUUGCGAACAGCCACACAUUUGUGGGUACACUAAUCUUCAAAAUAUUAAUCUCUUUAAGCAUGUGCUUGAAUAAAAUCUUGCACACUUAAUACUGAUUGUUCCUGUGAGCAUAUAAUAGAUAGCAGAUAUUCUGACAGAUUUUUAUAUUUUCUUCUCUAAAUUUUUUCUACUCAACUCUGCUCAGUCAAUUAUUCAUACUUUAUGUAAAAAUAAAACAAUUGUUAAAUAAAGUAUGUAAAAAAUUA